UGUUCGCCUGAGUAAAUCAAAUAUCCGAUGAUCAUGAACGCAGCAGGGAUGCUGCUGCUCUGUGUCCAUAUUACCUUGGUUAGCAGGUUGGAUGCUAGCAGUGCAUACACUUCAGUGAGGCUGAGCUUCACGGGCAUGACACAACCGUUUUAUGAUCAACCUGUUCUCUCUGUCAUAUUUCUCGGCUGUCCACAAUAAAGGACUAACAUCCACACGUGGGCAGACAUGACGACGCGUUCCGAAAGAGAAAAAGCCCAGAAACUGAAUGAGCAGCAUCAGGCCAUUCUGUCGAAACUGCUGAGAGAGGAUGAGAACAAAUACUGUGCCGACUGUGAAGCAAAAGGUCCUCGCUGGGCCUCAUGGAAUCUCGGGGUGUUCAUGUGCAUCCGCUGUGCCGGCAUCCACCGCAACCUGGGCGUCCACAUCUCCAGAGUCAAAUCUGUCAAUCUAGACCAGUGGACCCCAGAGCAGAUUCAGAGUAUGGUGGACAUGGGUAACGGUCGGGCCAAACAGCUGUAUGAAGCCCACCUUCCAGAGAACUUCAGUCGGCCACAAACUGACCAGUCUGUGGAGGUAUUUAUCCGUGACAAAUAUGAAAGGAAAAAAUACUAUGACAAGGAGUCCGUGGCUACAGCUUUGAAGUCAGGUGAAGGUGCUCCUCACUCCAACUCACCAUCCUUCCAGGCUGACAGGAGCAAACAGGAGAAAGAGCAUGAAAAGAAGAGAGAUGAGAAGAAAAAAGAGAAGGACUUAGAAAAAGCUGAUCGACACAACGUAAAGUCGGAGUCGAGAGCCAGUCCCAAGAAAAAUCAAGAGGCAGCUGUGGACCUUUUGGGCUUGGAUACUCCAGCCAGUCAAGCAAAAGGCUCACCGAUCAAUGAUGAGCUGGACAUCUUUGGACCAAUGGUCUCCAACCCUCUCCCGUCCUCCAACAACACGCAACAGGCGAAGAGAGCACCUCAGGCAUCAGAUCCCUCCACCUCUUCAUCUUCUUCCUCUACCUCCACCUGUACCACCACAAGGGCAGUGGAGAAAAAGCUCUUAUCUAAAGACUCCAUCCUGUCUCUCUACGCCAGCAGCUCAGCGGGCAGUCAGCCACAGAGCCAGCAGCAGCCCGCUACUGGGCAAGGCAUACACAUGGGCCCGCCUCACAUAACACAGCAGGGCUUCAACAGCGCCAUGAUGGAAGGAGGGGCCAUGACGUCAGGCAUGACUCGAGCUAACGGCAGCUACGUGGACAUGCGGCAGAACACACACGGCAUUCAGCAAGGACAGUGGAGUGUGGGCCAGCUAUCCCAGCAGAUGUCAGGCAUGGCCACAAAUGGAGGCGCACCCCCAUCGGGCACCUCUGCAGCCAGUUGGUCCGCAGCGCCAACAGCUUCUGGACAGACCCUCAGCACUCAGCUGUGGAAGUGACGAGUCCGCAGUCCAGAAAAUUUGUGGUGCGGCCUGUGGCACCUACACAACAACGAUUCCUCCACACCAUCCUCAAGGUUUCCUUUACAAUGGCAAGACAAUACAGGCAGGUUGGGGGUGGGGCGGAGGGGCGGGGGGACCCGGCAGCCGUCAUGUUUUGUCUUAAUUGGAUCUCAUUUGGAUUUCCUGUUGGUGUUGUGUGAAGAGUAGGUACAGUUUCAGUCCAAUAAACAAUAGAGAACACUGCUGGACAGAGUAUCCACUAAAGUAAUGUUAUAGUUCUAUAAUAGCAUUUUAAAACUUAAUAGAUAGUAAAUAGUCAUUGAGUGUUUACAGUAGAUAUGGUUCCCUUGUCGUGGUUUGUCUCUUCGCUGUGCUGCGUAUGUUAUACUCCUCCCACGCCUGCCCUCACCUUCUUUCGAGCCAGCAGAGCAUUGUGCGCCGCUAAUAGUCUGACCAGUCCUGUAAUUUGUGUGAAAAUGCGGUGUAAACCCCAGAGCCAUCGCCGGCGGUCAGGUCAGUGAGUCAUCUCCCAGACACUUGUUGCAUACUAAUUUGUUAAUCAUGCUCAAUUACAGAAUUACAAAAUUGGAGGAUAGAAGAACUGAAAUAUAACAGUUCUGCAGUGAUGGACAAGGAUGCUUAUACAGUAAAUCCAAAACAUGAAGUCGCUACAGGAAAGUUUUUGUUUUUUUUCCCUUUAAUUUUUUCUUGAGAUUCACUUGGAAUUACAGUGGAACCUCAAAAUUGAAACUUGUAGGUCUGACUCUGAGGUCACACUGUUUUGAAACCAUCAACUUCUCAAAAUCCUCAAAGUCACACAAAUGUGGAGGUCAAAUCACAUGAGAUGUCACACGAGAGUUCAUCUGAGUGAGCAUCACAAAGAUUUUGUGAUUCCAUCACCGGUGCCCUUCUGUGAUGGCAAAGAUGAUAACAGUGAAAGACAAUAGAACUGAAAAUGGACGUGUCCGAAAAGCAGUAAACGCAUCUCUAUCGUGACAACUCAUGACAAUGCUUAAUAAUAAAAAGCAACAAUGAAAAGAACACCAAAAUUGAGCUGUCUUGGCUGCACACUAAGGCAACGCAGUGCCUUGUUCUGGCUCGGUCUCUUAUGCAAAUCAGUCAGUCAUUCAGUGCACACAUCUGUGUCGACAAACAUACGACGGCGUAGUCAACAAUAAUUAGACUGUAAGAGAAAAAGAGCGAUGCGUCAUCGACUUUCAAGUGAUGUGUGUGUCAGCUUUAUGCAUUGCCCCGACUUGACUCCCAGCGUUCAUUACUGCGUGGUGAAUACACAUUUUAUUAUGUAUGUUUUACAGAUAUUUGUUCAUAUCAUUGAGGUUUUAUAUCACAAUGGCCAUUUAUUACGGUAGAUGGAACCAAUGCAUUUAAUUUUUCAUAACUUUCUGUUUUGGAGGACUGUAUAUGCUCGAAUUGACAAUUGUCAUCUUGGAACAUAUUGCGAUCGCUCGACGUUGAGCAGAGUGUUUCCCAUCUGCGGAGUUGUAGUCCAGAAAGCCUGCUGUGCAAUGUGAAAUCACUCAAAACCGAUUCCAUUUGUAAAAUGAUAAGAAUGCAGUCUUAGUAGCUCGCGCACCGCAUUGUCCACCAUCAGCGCGUGUGCACUCUAUUAUUUUGACCAUGCAAUUUUGCCCCCUCUAAUCGAGAUCUAAGUAAAUCAGGCGUUGACAGUGAACAAAGUAUCCACUGUUGGGUUGUCCUAAGCUAAGGUCUCGUAGGAGUUUUCUGCGGCCAUGUUGCAUGUUUCGUUUCUGAAGCAAAACGCCAGGUCUAGCGACUGGGCUCCCAGCCAGUAAAGUCAUUCCUUUUGUCUGGAGACCUCUCUUGCAUUCCUGAAGGCAAAUUAAACCACCGCAGAAUCACCGCGAUUCAUCUCGGUGCACUUUAAAUACCGCUGAGCGAGCGCUGUAUCUCUGUAUAUUGUGUUUCUGUCUCUCAAGAUUGUCGUCAGGGAACAGAUAAGUGAAACGUGUAUUUACUUUCAACUGUAAGACAUCUACCAAAUCUCCUCCCUUCCAUAACAAUGCAGUUUAAAAUCCAUAGGUGAGUCUUCACCCAUUGUUCUGCCCUCCCCCUUUUUUUUUUUAUUGUGUCCAUUGUUGCGUGCUGUACAAGAGAAGCACAAUUAUUGUGAAGCAAAUAAACCCGGAUGACCAAUGAUGAUGAUGGUGACCUGUAUGAAAAAUUUUGGACUGGUCCCAUCGUUGCUGUUGAGUUCAUGUUGAGAUUAAAAGCAACAGUAUAAAUGCACACACCAGCAAAAAAAAAAAAAAAAAAAAAAGGUGAAAAUAAAUUCACUGCCACACCAAUGCAGGGAAUUACAUUCACUUGUCACAGGGUCCCUCUGCCAUGCAAUAAAUAUUCAGCAUUAGGCAUAAAAUAAAUGUGACUCGUGUGGAUGACACAUCAACACAUGACAUGUCCUCCAGGUUUAUUUACAUUUGUGUUUACAUUUUCUGGUGCCUAAUACAAAACGUGUGUCUGUAACAUCAAUUUGUCCAUGUUCAUUAUUGUCCAAAGGCAAAAAUUUCGAUGUGUGAGUAGCUUUUUGUCAUUUGGGAAUUCCGUUGGCUUUGUGUUGGUCCCAGAAUUUACCAGAUCACCCGGAAUAAAGGAUGUUGAAUCCCAGAUGCAAUUGUGCAUAUGUA